GCUUCAAGGCUGAGAUGGCGGCAGGUCUGCCUCAGUCCUGCUGUGGGCUCUUCCAACACCUGCUCUUCUCCCUCUGGGCCCUGCAGGGUGGCCUAGUAACCAGCAUCUCUGGAGUGGAAGUGACCCAGCACCCACCACAGGCCAACAAAUGGCAGGGCGAGACCCUGGAGCUGAGCUGCGAUGUCCAUCAAAAUUACUAUCAUUACUACUGGUACCGCCAACGCCCAGGAGAGAUUACUCUAGAGCACCUCGGGACUGUAUACUCUACUGCGGACAAAUUGGAGGAAAUGCCAAAAAACGAUCUGAAUAGUCGUCUGAGUGGCAAACGGGUCGCUUCGCCGUCGGAGACCAAGGAGGGCAGGAGGGCGAGGGAGGAGCCGUUCCGGAGAGCCGGGAGCAGCCGGGAAGAUUUUGCAAGGGGGGCCCGUGAGGCGGCAGUGCUGUGUGAGCAAGCUUACUUCGCGGAUACCGGGACGCAGCUCAUAGUCAAAGGGCUGAUCAGCUUGGGCCUUCUGCUUAUUAUAUGCCCUCAUGGAACAAAGAAAACAUCUUCUCCCUUUGCAGAUGAAACUUGUCAAAGCUCACAGCCGACUGUCCAUCUUCUGGGUCCCGUGUGCCACAAGGACUACGUCACACUCGUGUGUGUGGCCCAGGGCUUUCCCUAUGCGUGGCCCAUUGAUGUGAGCUGGAAGCGUGAUGGGCAAGAGGUGACUCUCUUCUCUGUCGCCACCGACCCCGUCCGCACACUGGACAGCGCACCAUGCAACUUUGGGGUUUCCAGUCGCCUGACGAUGACAGCUGCAGCGUGGCAGGAGAGGCAUGUGUACUCAUGCCACGUGAGACAAGGGAACAUAGCCGAGGCUGAAGAGUCGAUGGAGAGGGAGCCGAGCCAGCAGUCAGCCUCAACUGUCUUGGAGUUGCAGAGCAGCCUUCAUACAGGGCAGAUCAUUUUCCUGCUCCUGGUGGUUAAGAGCUUUGCCUAUGGCACUGCUCUGGGAAUCUACACAGCCUGUAAGAAGAAAACAGGUCUCUGAUCGAGCUGUGGAGAGGCUCUGUGUCUUCCUGCUGGUAUUGAAGCAUGAGCUCUUCCUCAAGUCAAGAAACCUAUCCGCUAACAGCUGGAGGCCAUUCCCAGUGUGGAUCCUCAAUGUUUCUUCUCUGACAUUUUCCCAUCUUCCUUCUCAUCUGCUCUUCAAUCUUGAGGACCUACAUUGGUCACUUGAAAAAUUGCUGAAUUCUUUCUUUGCUUGAGCAAAUUUCCUGUGUAACAAUAAACAGAACUAGAUUUUAUUAUCUC